AUGGUAACCGCAGACACAAGCAAUAAAGCAUCUACAUGGUACUGCAAGAUCAAGCAUAUCUUCAAUGGGCUAGGCAUGAAUAUACGCGAAUUCGUUUGCAACUAUGCGCAACUAGCGUAUGAGAUGGCGGACGCCGACAAAUCAUCGGAAUUAUUCCCCAAGUUGCUAGGAGUUCGCUGGAACUCAACUACGGACCAACUUCAAAUUUUGUGUACAAUGAUUGAGCCAAAAAUUUUUAACAAACGUCAAGUCACAAGAAUAGCUUCCGUAUACGACCCUAUGGGCUGGAUACUACCGUUACUGCACAAGUCCAAAGUGUUCCUUCGUUCGUUGUGGAAUGACAAGUUCGACUGGGAUACAAAACUACCCCAUCGCAUAAACAGCUGGCGACAAAUAUGCCAGGAGAUGCAGGGCUUCGGGAGACAAAUACCUAGAUUUGUGACCAAAAGGUAUGCACAAGUGACGCUAGUAGCAUUCGUCGAUGCUAGCACCGAAGCUAUGGCUACUUGCAUAUACUUGAAAUCACAAGAUUCCGUUUAUCUUCUACUU